CAGUUUCCAGUGGGUAUGCGUGUGCUUGCCGUCGAUGACAAUCCAACCUACCUCCGGACACUAGAGGAGUUGCUGCUUCGCUGCAAAUAUCGUGGUCCAUUUUCUUCUCUCUUUUUUUUCUUUUUCUUUUUGUUUUUUUUUUACCUGGGUUUUGUGUGUAAGGCAAAGAACGAUUUAGAGGGUGAUGUUUGAAGGGAUAUAUAUAUAUAUACACACAUAUAAAUGUUCAGUGACAACAACAAAAGAGGCGAAGGCUGCUCUUGGGAUGCUGAGGGAGAAGAGCAACAAGUUUGAUCUGGUUAUAACCGAUGUGGAGAUGCCUGACAUGGAUGGCUUUAAGCUGCUUGAGCUUGUCGGCCUAGAAAUGGACCUUCCUGUCAUCAUGGUGUCAGCUCACAGCGACUAUGAACACGUCAUGAAAGGCAUUACACAUGGUGCCUGUGAUUAUCUGGUCAAACCCGUUGGUCUGAAGGAGCUCCGUAAUAUCUGGCAACAUGUGGUCAGGAAAAAUACUAACCCCUCUACAAGAAACAUUGCUGGGCCUUCCGGUCAACUUCUCCCUCCUCCCAGCACUUAUCAGGUGAGUAAGAAACACAAAGACAACAUCGAUGAUGGUAGCGGCGACGCGGACAGUGACAGUGAUGGAGAAACGGAAGGUGGCGAGGGGAGUGAACAUGACAUGGAUGAUGAGUCUUGUACCCGGAAGAAGCCUCGUGUCGUGUGGGCAUCUGAGCUCCACCAGAAGUUUGUGGCUGCCGUUACACAGUUGGGCCCUGACAAGGCCGUCCCAAAAAAAAUCCUUGAUCUCAUGAAUGUAGAAGGUCUGACGAGGGAAAAUGUAGCCAGCCAUUUGCAGAAGUACAGACUUUACUUGAAAAAGAUGGACGAAGCUCAUCAGCACCAUAAUAUGGCUUCAACCGUGUAUGGGACGAAAGACCCCUCUUUCUUGCACAUGGCUCAACUUGAUGGAAUAAAGAAUUUUCAUAGCUUGACUGCCACAAGACGACUGCCGAUCUCGACACUCCUAUCCCGGCCUCAUGCACCAACUGUCACCAGACUCAGUUCCCCAAAUGGGUCGUUGAUAAACCUUCAGGGAAUUGCUUCCCCCAGCUUUGUUCAACCUGGGCAUUACCAGCACAUAGGCAACUCAGCAAAUAAGUCUGGCAAGCAUCACUCACCUCUAUUAUCAGGAGUCCAGACCGUAAUUUCCUUUCAACAAACCUCACCUCCGCUAGAAGCCAGCCAGUUUCCUGGAAGUAGGUGCCCUGCAUACAUUGGAGAUUCCAAAAUCUUAGGCGACCGUGCAUUCUUCAUGGACUCUCAAGCCUCAUUCGGUGGUAGCUCUAGCACUUUUAGCAACUCUCAGAUGUUGCAAGCAAAGUAUCACCAACCCCUGCAUAAGAUCUUGGCUGGAAAUCAAUUUUCUCUCCAGGGAGCUCCAUCAGUUUCUGGUCCCCUCAAUGUUAGCUUUUCUGGUUUCAGCAGAUGCAGUGACGGCUGGCAAGGGAAUAUUAAGGCACCUAAGAGUCCAUUGGACCCUUUGCCACUAAACCAUUCUCUUAGCCGGGAUGAAUUGCUGAGUAAUAAUAGUUUUAGAGGCGUUGCUGGGAAUGACCCAGUUGAUUUUAACCCAUUCAUCUUUCCUGGAGGACAGAUGCAAUGCCAGACAAACUUGUCGGGCAACUUUGUUCAGAACAUGAAUACCUCAGACCAACAACAAAACUGGGAGGAACAAGGGCGAGAGUGCACACACAUGUCGAAUAAUUCGUUCAGUCCAGCAAAUGAAAUGGUUAUGGAGAUGAUAAAUGCAGCCGGAAGCAAAGGCUUGGAUGGUUCUAUGAUGAGCCAAAUAGAUGGCAGUGGUGCAAUACUCAACAGUCAACCCGCAAGAUUGGAACCAGAAAUGAGGUCCAAUAAAGGCUGCAGCUCGGAAAACACCAAGUCUGAAAAUGGUUUUAUCAAUGAUCAUCACGACUCAUUCGAUGACAUUAUGAACGAGAUGAUGAAACAGGAUGAGUCGAUGGCUGCUGGUGUUGGGCUUGACUCGUUUCCUCUGCCGUAGCCAUGUCACAGAUGGAGAGGCUCUCGCUUUUCUUUUCUUUUCUUUUCAGAUACUGCUCUCUGUUAGGGAUUUGUCGAAUUCCACACACUGUUUCUUCUUGGGUGAUAUUCUUUCAUUGUUCCCUCAGAUUGUCAAUAAAUAAAACCAAUUGGCCGCUUAA